UACAAUUUGUCUGCAACUUCUAAUUCGCUGCGGGUAUUUUUUUUUAUUGUGUUUGUUGUUACAUAUAAUCCGAUCAAUUUCGAUCGUUCGUUGACAAAGCAGUGUGUUUUUGCUCUGUUCGUUAGAGCUUUGUUUUGGCCAAGUUCCGUGAAACUGCGCCAAUUAAACGUUUCGUUUGCGCCACUCUGUGCUUUCGGUUUUCGGCCCAUUUUCUUCCGUUUUCGUUUCGUUUUUGCUUCCACUUGGAAUUGCGUUCGCGAGGGGAUGAAGGAAAAGGGGAGGAGAGGAGACUCCCGACAAAAGUGCAUCCCUCGUCCCGUGCGUGUUUGUGCGUGUGUGCUGGUACUAGUGCUAGUACUAGUGCCAAUGCAAUUGUAGCUGAGCGCGCUCAUAAAAAUCAAAAGUAUAUUUAGAUAUACAUGUAUAUAUAAUAAUCGGAUAAGUUUUCUCGUUUCGCUCGCCCGUGCUCAUGUGUGUGAGUAUUUAAAUCAGUAAUAUCACAACAGAGGGGGCCUGUUUGCCUGUGUGUGCGGAGCGCGCUGCGUUUUGUUGUUGAGUGCGAGCGGGAGGGACAGCGUACGGAGAGAGAGAAACAGAGCUGCAACAACAGCAUUAGCAGCAGCGAUGACUACCAGUCGCUGCACUGGCAUAGCGCUGCCGGGAAGUGUUUUGGGAUGCGUCCUCGUCCAUGUCUGCUAGGACCACAUUUGUCACCGAGCGGCCGAGCAAAAGCUGCUCCACGGCCAAAGGGUCACGAGAGUGACCGCAAAGAACCAUCCAAGAGACAUCGAAGAUCGGGGACGUCUCCAAUAUAGUCACAAUGCAGCGCUUUCGCAACCAGGAGCCGAGCCCGUCGCAUUACAGUGAUGGCGACGUGGUCUGGGUGAAAUUACACAACACAGAGAUCUGGUGGCCCGGCGAGGUGACCUUGUCACAGGACUUCCGGUUCGUCGACUGCAGCCGUCCACCGUUCGCAGUUGUGGCGUUUUUCAACGAAAAAACCUUCGAGCAAGUCAAAUCACCGAAACAGAUUUACCCCUUCCAAUGUUCUCAAAAAGAGGAGUUAAUCAAACGCGGCACCAAAAAGGCUGAUGGAAUGCACAUGGGCGACAAGUUCAGAGAUGAUGUGGCAAUCGCCGAGUCGCGCUACCACCGGCAGCAGCUCUCCGGGUUGCACGCGACGGCAUUGUCCGUGCUGGAGGGCAGCAGUAACUGCAACAGCAACAGCAACAGCAUCAGCAACAGCAAUAGCAAUAGCAACCGGCCGGAUAGCCUCAUCAAGGCCCUCCUCUCGAGCGGCAACAGCAGCAGUCUGCACAACAGCAGUGCGCCCAGCAGUGCAGUGCCUUCGCCAGCGGGUCGAGUAAGUAGCUCGUCGAUGGCAUCGCCCCAAGCCGUUGAUGAUAAUGCCGUAUUCCGACAGAAGGAGCCCACGAUUCGCAUCAUGGACAUUGGAGGCGGUGGCGCAGCGGCCGCACCGCGUGGCCGUGGCCUGAACGAGGCCAGCUACGAGUGCAACAUGUGCAGCUUUCGCACCAACAGCAUGAGUGUGCUGCUCAUCCACCGCCGCGCCCACUUGGAGACCAGCAGCAGCUUCAGCAGCUUUAGCAGCAAUAGCAACAGUACCAUCGACACCAACACCAACAUUGUUCGAAAGACGCGGGCAGCGCGACGAGCCCACACCACCAACAUGCUGGAUCUGCGGCAUCUGGCGGGUCGCCGGAGCCGCGACAGCACGCACUUCGACAAGAACUCGGUGCGCUGCCACUCGCGCCACGUGUCCAUCGUGGUGGACGCCUCGCUGACGGACGAGGAGAAGCAGAGGGUGGCCAGCAUUGCCAAGCUGACGAUGGAGAGCAUUGAGCGCGUGGUGCAUCCCGGUGACACCAGUCCCUCCUCCGCUUCCGCCUCCGCCUCUGCCUCCUCGUCGCCGGAGAUCAUCGCCGUGUCGGAGAGUUCACGACGCAGCCUUGUAAAUCCACGGGAUCCGCGCAGCCAGCGCUCCAAUCAACUGCGAGCCACCAUGCCCGCCCCAGAGUCGCCGCCGGCCAAACAGCGCCGCCUAACGCGCUCCAUGAGUCGCCGUCAGAGGGGCGCCUCGCCAGAAGGCAGCUCGCCGGAGCUGCUGCCGCCCCCGACUCCACGCCGCCGUGGAGCUAGACGGUGCACACUGGCUGCCGCCACCCCCACGGCCACCACCAGCAGCGAGCAGGUCACAGCGCCCAGGCGUGGCAAUCCCUUAAGGAAAACGCUGACGACACCGCCCAGCAGCGUGGAGAAAUCAUCUCGAAGCGCAGGAUGGCGAAAGCGAGCGCUCUCUAGGAACAGGGCGCCGAUCGCUGGUGCCGAUCUGCAUCCUUCGCUGCCUUCGCCAUCGCCACCGCCUUCGCCGCCAGUGCGGCCACUUCCACCCGAAGUGAUUGCCGAGCCAGAGCUACCAGCCAGAGCCAGAGCCAGAGCCGGGUCCGGUCCAUCGCACGCGCCGCUUCCACCGCCGCCUGCUGUCGACCCACAAUCGAAAGUGAAUCUCCCGCAUCCGCAGAACAGCUCGGCCGCCUCCUUGCAGCUGCACCUCAGUCUGCUGGCCGAGUGGUGCGACGACGAGAUGGACGAAUCGCUGGAGGAGCCACCACAGCCGCAGCCACAGUCGCAGUCACAGACGAAGACACAGACGGUGGAUAAGGCUGGCAAGGCAGUGGUCGAACAGCCAGCAACGACAGCACCAGCAACAAGGCAGCAAUUGGAGGAGGAGGAGAAUCGCGAACGGGAGCAGGAACAGGAGAAGACUGACGGCGUGGCUGCCAAGAAGCGCAUACGCAACAUACCAAAGAAGGAUCGGCGCGACGUAGUUCUGCAGGAGUUCGACGUGGACAGCCAGCUGGAGGAGGCUGACGAGCCGAUUGUCAUCCAGGACAGCGAUGCCAGCUCGAACGAGAGCGUUGUGUUCGUGGAGGACGAGCCAAGGCAGCGUGCAAAAGGGGCGGCCUCUCAUCCGCAGCCCAAUGGCAAUGGUAAAGGUAAUGGCAAUGGCAAUGGCAAUGGGAAUGAGAAGGCCAAAACCGCGGCCAAGGUGGCCAUACCUUCUUGCUUUGAUUUCGAAGAGGACGAGGAUCUGCAGCAACAGCAGCAGCUGGAGGGCCAAAAUGGACUAAGCUAUAGGCGCCGCACCAAUACCAAUCGCACCGAUGCCAAUGAUGCCAAUGGCAAGGGCCAUUCGGAGGAGGAGGAGGAGCAAAAAGAGGAGACGGAAGAGGAGACGGAAGAGGAGACGGAAGAGGAGACGGAAGAGGAGGCGGAAGAGGAGACGGAAGAGGAGGCGGAAGAGGAGGCGGAAGAGGAGACGGAAGAGGAGACGGAGGAGGAGACGGAAGAGGAGACAGAAGAGGAAGAGCCUGCGCAGGGCGACAUCUCCUUCGACGAACUGUUCUUGGGCUUCGAAGACGUCCCGGAGUCGUCGACAAAUGCGGCCGUGGCGGUGGAAACGGAGCCCCAAGCAGAGGCAGAGCCUCAGCCACCUGUAGAGCAGGUGGAGCACAAGAUGGUGGAUGCCGUAGAGCCCGCAGCAGCAACGGCAGCAGCAGCAACGGCAGCAGCAGCCGCAGAGACCGAAGCCGAGCCCGGAGAUCAUUUGAGCCUGCCAAUCAAAGAGCGACAAAAGCGCAUAUUUAAGUCGCGGAACAAGUCCACAAUGGCAGCAGGAGGACAGGAAGAGGACAUGAUGCCAGCCUCGAUGGUUGCCGUGUUGACCAGCGACGACGAGGCGGUGGAGGUGAAGAAGGCUGUGGUCACAGCGCCUCUCCAGCAGGACACUGUAAACUGUGCCAGCCUGCAUCUUAUCAAUGGGCAAAAGAGUGCGAUGAACAGCCAUACAAACAGCAGCGAGGGCGUUAUGGAAAGUAAGGAGAGCAGCCGGAGCAGCAAGCGCCGCACCACAUCAAAGACUGAAUCCUCCCGUCGACCGCAGCGACACUCGAAGGCGCGUCCACAGAGUCACUCGCCGGAACACGAUGAGCUGAGCGACAACAGCAGCAACAGCAACAGCAGCAACAGCAGCGGCAGCAGUAACAGCAACAGCAACACCAGCAGCCAAAGCAAUGGCAAUGGCAACAUGUCCAGCGGCAGCUCUAGCUCGGAUUCGCACGGCAUUGGAACGCUGUCCCCGGAGCCCAGCUCCAGCAACAGCUGCUCCAUAGCCUCCAACAUUGCGGUCAUCUCGGCGGAGGAGGCGCGCGAGCUGCAGCGAUCCGCCUCGGGCGCCGGCCUCAUCCACGCGGCCAUCGUGGACGCCACCCAGCCGGUCCAGCGUGGAGGCGUGCUCAUUCUGGAGGACAUUCGGCUGCCCAACUUGUACGAGCCCUUCGGCGGCAGCCUGCACUCGUCGGACAGCAAUGGCAGUCGCAGUCGCAGUCUACAGCCGAACUCCUCGCGGCCGCACGACCAGGACGACGAACAGUCGCAGGAUACUACGCAGCAUACGGAGCGGCAGGCAACGAAUCAAGUGCAGGUGGCCCAGGUGGCGCAGGAGGAGGAGGAAGAAGAGAUGGAGGAAGGCGAAGCUGGAGCGGAAUGUCGGGAUGAAGAGCAGCAUCUGCUUGAUGAUGGCCAAGUAGCAGAGCAGGUACAGGAACAACAGCAGGAACAAAAGCAACCGGAGCAACUGGAGCAACCGAAACAGGAAGAGGAACAGAAUCAGGUCAAGAAGACGGAACCCACCGCCUAUAUGGACAUGUCCAACUGUUCCCCGGCUCGGCACUCGCCCGAGGCGGUUCGCUCCCUGCCGCAGCCCCGUGAGGUGCUCCUCAAGAAGCGCGAGCAGGAGCUGCUGCGCCAGUACGAAGCCGACCUGGUCAGCGGGCGGACUGCGGAGAAGUGUCGCCUGGUCCGAGCGCGCUGGAGCCGGCCAAUGCCAUCCGUCGAGGAAGAGGACCAAACAAAGGAGCUGGGCCAGGGCGAGAAGACGGCUGCGGCAAACGACGACGAGGAACUCCAGAUGGAUCUCCAGCCAAUGGAGACCGAGUCCCCGGUGGACCAGGAGCUGGCAGCCGUUGAGUUGGCCCUACCAGGUGUCACGUUGGCCCCGUCAGCGCGCCGCGCCGACAGCUACCCGCCGGUCAGUUCCAUGGUCAUGAUCACGAACACGUACAAGCGCAGGCACUUCAGCUGCGCACCCGCUCUGAGCUAUGUGGACGUGGCCAGGGCCCACCAGCAGCUGGUGGAUCUGCGCGGGCACCAGCGUCUGCGCUACACCCCAAUCCCAGUCCCAGCCCCAAACCCAGCACCAAACACAAUCCCAAGUGCCACAACGCCACCCACAUCCACAGUCACCACUCCGCCGACCACGCUGCUGCAGGCCGCCAACGCUGGUGGCCAACGAAGACAGCGUCGCCGCUCGAGGAACGCCGCCAGUGGAAGUGACCAUUUGGGGAGGGAACGGGAAAGGGAGAGGGAGAGGGAGAGGGACAGGGAGAGGGAGAGGGAGAGGGAGAUGGAGAGCAGCUCGCGCAGCGACGUCGCCGAGGAAUCGUCGUGCGAGACCACCAAGGAUGGCCAGGAGAGCCCCGAUAACCCGCCUCAACUGUGCGCUGGACGCAUCUGCGCCGUGACGACUCGCCCGAUCCCGGGCUACAGCCACACGUUCAUGCUCUGUUCGCUGAACAACAACAACUUCACGCCGCUGAACAACGUGGCCCUGUACCUGGACAACGAGAAGAACCACCUGGUGCCGGUGCCGCGGGAGGCACUGCUGGAGCCGCCGCGCCUGGCCGACGGCCAUCCACUGUCCGCCGUCUUCGCGGACAUUGACUUUCUGGGCGGAGAGGCGGUUGCCCAGGUGGUGGAGCCAUCGGAAACGGAUAUGGAGGUGGAUGGCGAUGGCGAUGGCGAUGGGGAGGAUCUCAACCAGGAUCCGGAUCAGGAUCAUGACCAGGUCGGUCGGCAUUUGUCGCCGCAAAUUCUGCUUAGCGAGGCAGAGAACGGCGGCGACGACGACGGCAACGCGGGGCCAAUGGACACGAUGGACACGAUGGGCAUUAUGACGCCACUCAGCCAGGUGGCCGAGGGAAGCGCCCUGGCUGCCGGCAGCUAUGUGAACGAGGAGGAGGAACUGUCCCUGCACGAAGAACAGCUGCAGGCUAAUGUACUGCAGCUGAACGUGAACGGGCACCGCUUGGAGCUGGAUCCCUCGGUGCUGUUCAGCAUUGCCGAGCAGCCGGACUCGUGCAUCGAACUGAAUGUCACCGACGCGGGCGGAGGAUCCAGUGGCUCCGGCCUCGCAGUGCUGCACGCCCGCGAUAUCCUGCAGGCGGCGCAGGUUUACCUGCAGGAGCGCGACCUGCAGCUGGUCAACGUGGAGGAUAUGACGCUGGACGAUGAGGACACGGAUGCGCCGGCUGGCUCCCACGGCCACGGCCACGCCACUGAUCUGCUCUCGCAGGCGCUGGCCGGUGCUGGCCAGGUGGUGGCCGACUCCGACGACUAUGUGACCGCAGCAGCCAACGCUGGCGUUGGCCUGCUCCACAUCGACACCCGCACGGGUGCCAGCCUGCUGCAUGUCGGCGACGAUGACGAUGACGACGACGGACCCGGCAGUGUGGUGUUCAUCUCGAACCCCCUGCCACCACCGCCGCAGACCGUCCACCUCACGCCUCCGAUCACGGCGCGCACCAACGAGACGAACGCGCUGCUCGACCAGACGCCCAUCAUGUCCACGCUGGAGAAUCCAAGCGGCAUGCUGUUCCGCCGCGUCUCGCCGGACGUCGAUGGCAACCUGGAGGACAGCCUGGCCUCCGUCAUUGGCGUGACGAACGGCAGCGGCGUGCCCACCUCGCUGGAGCUGCCCAUCACGGUCACCAAUCCGGCGAUAGCCUCGCGGAUGGCGGCCCCCGUCGCCGACAUCCUGCAGUUCGCUCCCUUUCAGUAGAUGUGUGGGUGUGGGUGGGGACACAAGGCACAGUCCAUCCAGGCGAACGUUUUUGAUUUGCCUUUGUAGAUGCAGAUGCAGAUGCAGAUUCAUAUGCAUUUGACAUUUGACAUUUGAAAUGUGUUUUUUUUUUUUUGUGCGCCGAAGAGAGUGUACCUCUUGUUAGUUAAAUUAACACGAAAUUAGAAUUAAGAAGAGACGACGACAUUGCGCCAAUGAAUGCCAAUGAAGAUAUGUAGUUGCCUAAUCGACUAGCACCUAAGUCUGGGAUUCACAUUGACUUACAUUGCAAAUGUAGGAUCGGGAAAUGAGUCCCAUUAGCACGUAAGAGAUUUAAACAACUAUUGGAUAGAUAUGCGUACGCAUAAGUAGUGCAAGCUACAGAACUGAUCAGAAAAGAUCAGACCACACCAGACAAAGCUGAACAAAAAGCCAACCAGGAGGAUGUAUCGUGUGAUCGAUGCCCGGGACCCGGCACCAAAGCAAAAACAUACGACACGUAACAGAACAUAGAAAACAGAACAUGCAACACUGCAUAUGGGACUAUAUAGGAGUAGGACUAAAAGUAGACGCAUGUGUGCAGGAAGCACGUUUAUAUUUAACGACACUAAAUGACUAUACCAAUGUGUGUAAGAUAUGUCAGUCUCUAAGCUAACAACUUGUGUAAAGUGUGCCCUGAAUGAAGGGCAGACCGAAGCUGCCCAGCUUGGGCAACUAUUAAAAUAAAGGCAACCCCACGUGCUACAAAA